AACACUUUGUUGCAAUAUGUUUAACAUUAUCGUGACGAUCUUUUCUUCCAUGCUAACAAUUACUAGCUGCAACACUGUGCUAGUUGAAGAUAAUCGUGAAAAGAGAAGUCUAUCAGAAAACCUUGUUGUUGGUAUGGAUUAUUUAGGAAAGCCUCGAAUCGUGUGUCAUUGUUACGGUGAAGAAAUGCAAAACUUGAUAUCAAAAAACAUGGCCAUGAAUCCACGAAGUCUUAUCGUAAAGAUGAACGUUGAUUCCACAAAGAAUUCUGGAAUUCGUGAAAAACGAACGGUUGUGAACAACACGGAACUUAUAUAUGCACCCGUCUGCUGCAAGAUCGAUUUGUCAAAUAAAAAAUCGUUUUAUAGUUAUCCGUUCUCAGUAAACCUUGUUGCACUAAACUAUACGGAUGAUCUAAAAGAUGAUGACAGCGAUGCAAGCGAGGAAUUGAGAACAAUCCUUGUUGCUGGGUUAAAAACAGUUCUUGCGAAGGAAAAAAGCGUCGUUUCAAUUGGAGUUCAUAAGUUUAGCAAUAUCAGCGGUGGUGUGUUGGCCAAUAUCUAUCUGACAAUCCAAGGGAUGAUAACGCCAAGCAUUGUAGACACAUUAAAAGCAACAAUUUCAUCAGGAAAUCUUGGUGGUAUAGAGGUUCGCAUUGUACCAGAACCUAACAUUGAGAACGCUCAAGUGACCUAUUUAUCAAAAUUGGACGAUUCUAAUUCCCCCCAAAGUUCCGGCAAUUCCAACCGGCCGCCGAUUCCACUCUGA